AUGGCAAGAAAUGAAGAAAAUGGGCAAUUAGAAGUGCAAUGGAAUGAUAUUGAUGGCAAUUCAUGCAUGUACAAUGCUGAUGGAAGAGAUAUAAAGACUUCUCUUCUACAUCGGAUGCCCAUUGCUUAUCCUUUCUGCUCUGCUGCUCCCUCUUUUGAUGGCUAUGAGUUAUCAAGCAAAUCAGUUAAAACAAUGGUUCUAGGCACUGAUAUCCAGCAGAUCAGAGACUUCUUUCUGGAGGAGCCGUGUGAUUUUCAGAUGCUUGGAGUGCAUGAUGCCUUUCAAACUCCCAGGGCUACCUGCCAAAGGCUAUCUAUUGGAAUGACCUCAAAAACUUUAAGGUUGCCUAAGCCUGGUGAGACGCUUCUUUCUGUUCAUGGCUCACCUCUCGGCGUCUAUAAAGAGGAGAGCAUGGAAGCAUUACAAGAGUCAGAUGAGGAUUGA